AUGGUGUUGACGGGGAAGCAGCGCGAGGACAUGCACCAGGCCGUGCUCGAGUACCUCACGAGCCUCGGCGCGCAGUUUGCGACGUCUGCGGCCGCGUUCCAGCAAGACGCGGGCCUCACGCCAACGAUCACGAUGGAUCCAAACAAGACGGGUCUUCUCGAGAAGAAGUGGACAUCGGUCGUGCGCCUCCAGCGAAAGGUCAUGGAGCUCGAGACCAAGAUCCAGCAGCUCGAAGACGACGCCAAGCUCGGCAAUGUCGUGAGUCGGCGCGACGUGACCGGCGCCAACCGCGACGCUGCACUCUUGCCGCGCGCGCCGCCCAAGUACUCGAUGUCAGGCCACCGCAGCCCGAUCACGUGCGUCCUCUUCCACCCCGUCUUUAGCGUCAUCGUCACGUCCAGCGAAGACGCGACCAUCAAGGUCUGGGACUUUGAGACCGGUGACUUUGAACGCACGUUAAAGGGCCACACGAAUGCAGUGCAGUGCGUGGCCUUUAACCCUGCGGGCUCGAUCCUCGCCUCGUCGUCGGCGGACCUCAUGAUCAAGCUCUGGGAUUUCACAUCGGACGGCUCGUACGAGUGCAAGAAGACGCUGCGCGGCCAUGACCACAACGUGUGCUGCGUCACGUUUGCGCCAUCGGGCGACCACCUCUUUUCCUGCUCGCGCGACACGACCAUCAAGAUCUGGGAGGUCGAGAGCGGCUACUGCAUACAAACGCUCAACGGGCACGCGGACUGGGUGCGCACGAUCUGCGUCACGGACGACGGCCAGUACCUCGCGAGCGGCGGCAACGACCGGUCGAUCUUUCUCUGGGACCUCGCGACCUUCAAGCCGAUCCAGAGCAUGCGGGAGCACGAGCACGUGGUGGAGACCGUCGCCUUUGCGCGCCAAGCGCAGCACGCGACCAUUGACACCAUCCACGGCAAAAAGACGACGGGGCAGUCGGGCGCAGGCGUCCGCUAUUUAUUGUCGGGCUCGCGCGACCGCACGGUGCGGCUCUGGGAAGCGUUCUCGGGUCUCCAGCUCAUGAACUUUGUGAGUCACGACAACUGGGUGCGCAGCGUGCGCUUCCACUGGAGCGGCAAGUACGCGAUCAGCGCAUCCGAAGACAAGACGAUUCGUCUCUUUGACAUGGAGACGGGCCGCUGUGUGCGCACGCUCAAGGACGCGCACAACCACUUUCUCACGACGCUCGACGUGCAUCCGUCGCUGCCACUGCUCGUGACGGGCAGCAUCGACAAGCUCAUCAACGUAUGGGAGUGCGUCUAA